GUAGAGGGGAUAUCUUUCACAGGUCUAGUUGUCAAACGUCCUUGUUUUGUCGGAUUGUUUUGCUUAUUAUGGAUAAAAUCGGUACUUGUUUGAAAUAGUGCGGGUUUUCUUGUGGUACUAUUCGGUCGGUAGUUGUCCAAACGUGGAUAUUGGCGAUGUUUCUCGUGGUACAAUAAAGAACAAGAAUCAUGUUGGAAAAAACUUUAUCAGAUGAACUUUAUAAUUUAUUGUGGGUACUCCUUUUGGUGGUGUGUGUGGUGUUUGUCUUCCUUUUCAUAGCCAAAAAUAUUGUCGUACUCCGAGUCCAUGGAGAAGAAUUCGUAUUUCCUACGUCACUGCAUCAUCAGAUGCAACCUAGGAUACCGCAAAUGAAUAUGAUGAAGGUUCAUAUACCUUUCACGUUUAAAUUACUGGAAACUUCCAGGUCUUCUUAUUCUGAAUUACAAUGCAGCAUGUCGAGUCAAGUAAGGUAUCAAGUCCAUGCCUACUGGGGUGUCAAUAUCAGAGAACUUCAUAUAUUUUUGUGGAGGCCUUGGGCAGACAUAAAGAACGCAUGUGCUGGUGGUGAUUUCUUGAGAGGCUAUUAUCAGUAUUUAGGAAUCCAACUAGAGAGGAAGCCCCAUCCAGACCAACUCAUGACGUUGACCUACAACAAUCAGAAAUGUUUAGACCUAGGAACGCCUCCUAGACUUUGUUAUCCCCUAGUAAUUUUUCUAAUACGUAAUGACAUAGAUGAAAACGUCCAUCCAGAUGAAACCGUGGCUCUCAUCAAUGUUGUGCACAUAAAAGAUUCAGUAUGUACGCUGCCCACGAGUAUUCUGGGCCAAUAUCUCAAGCAAGCCAAUGGUCAGUUAUCUUGUCUAAAGCAACUGUAUUUGGCUACAGGAAAUUCAGGCAACUAUGAAGGUCAGCUGCCGCUCGCCGUCGCAGAGCCUGUGGAAGGAGGACCCAGUUCCGUAGGUUCCUUUUGUCCGAAUAAUGAAGAUUCCACAUUUUGGAACAGUUCGGGGGAGCAGCUGUGCGUGGUGUGUCAGACUUAUCCCCUAUCCAGAGCACUCUUGCCUUGCAGACACACCUGUAUCUGUGCCAGUUGUUUCAACAAGUUGGAAAGAUGUCCAAUGUGCAGGGGUCCUAUCAAGAGCUACUUUUGCAUCAGGGGUGAAGAAUAUAUGAACACAAAAGAUACGGCUCCAAAAAACGAUGAAGUGCCACCGACUAGGCGUCGGUGGUAUCAAGCAGUGCAGCAUUGGGACGAUCGACUCAUCGAUUUUCUCGGAUUUUCCAGAUGAAAAUCUCUAGUGACUUGUUUUUUUUUGUCUAAAUAAUUCCGCCAUUUGUGGAUAUUCGGGUUCUGAGGGAGGUCAGAUAGGUACAUACAACCAAAAUACUGACGUGACGUCAUAUAUGACAGACAGACUUUCUGUGGCAGCAUAUAUUUAAAAUAACUAUUUUUCCUCCUAUUUUUUAUUACUUCUCGUGAUAGUUUCCUAGUUUUGACUUAUUUAUAUAUAUUUUAAAUAUUAUUAGUUAUACAGGGUGUUUCAAAACAAGUACGAACACGUUUAAGAGGCGGUGCCCUGUUAAAAAUAAAGAUUGGUGGUUUAUUAUAAACAUGUUGGGCCAGAAGUCAACCAUUAGGUACAUAUUGCGAUACAAGAUGGCGAAAAAUAUUUUUUUUUAAUUUUUGUUUAAAAACAUAAAGCAAUUUAAUAUUGAAAUAUAUGUGGUAUAUUACUACUACGAAAACACACUAUCUGGAUAUUUUUUCACCUAUUUUAAAAUGAGCGGAAUGGGUUGAAAUCAGGGUUGGCAUGAUUUAAAUCAAAUGAUUUAAAUCAUGAUUUAAAUCGUGAUUUAAAUCAAGUGAUUUUUUA